UUCGCCCUCGCCCUCGCCCUCGCCCUCGCCGCCACGCCAAGAGAAGGAUCUCCCUUCCUUCCCCUCGACGGUGAGCUCUUCGCCGCAGGGGCUUGCUCUCCAUGCUUCCCACCAACAAGAGACCCGCCGGGGCGGACGACGCCUGCGCCGCCGAUCCCAAGAGGGCCAAGGUGCUUGUUGGGGACACGCACAAUGGGGCCGCCGUGCCGGAGAUUGACGAGGACUUGCACAGCAGGCAGCUCGCCGUCUACGGAAGGGACACGAUGCGCCGCCUCUUCGCCUCCCACGUCCUCGUCUCUGGCCUCAAUGGCCUUGGUGCAGAGAUUGCUAAAAACCUUACUCUCGCUGGGGUCAAGUCCAUCACUCUGCAUGAUGUCAAAAACGUCGAAAUGUGGGAUUUAUCUGCCAACUUCUUUUUAUCUGAGAAAGAUAUUGGCAACAACAGGGCUGCUGCUUGUGUGGCAAAGCUACAAGAGCUGAAUAAUGCUGUUCUUAUCUCUGCUCUAACAGAAGAACUGACCACAGAACAACUGUCUAAAUUCCAGGCUGUUGUUUUCACCGAUAUAGGCUUAGACAAGGCCUAUGAAUUUGAUGACUACUGUCACAGCCACUGCCCUCCUAUUUCCUUCAUCAAAGCUGAAGUUUGUGGUCUCUUUGGUGGUGUCUUUUGUGACUUUGGACCGGAGUUUACUGUUCUUGAUGUUGAUGGUGAAGACCCAUAUACUGGUAUAAUUGCAUCCAUCAGCAAUGACAACCCUGCAUUGGUGUCCUGUGUUGAUGAUGAACGGCUUGAGUUUCAGGAUGGUGAUUUUGUGGUUUUCUCUGAGGUCCAUGGUAUGCCAGAGUUAAAUGAUGGAAAACCAAGGAAGGUUAAAAACGCAAGGCCAUUUUCAUUUAGCAUUGAGGAGGAUACAACUAAAUAUGGCAUGUAUACAAAAGGUGGAAUUGUUACACAGCUGAAGGAGCCAAAGAUACUACGAUUCAAGUCACUAAGAGAUGCUAUGAGAGAUCCUGGAGAUUUCCUUUUGAGUGACUUCUCUAAGUUCGAACGUUCCCCUGUCCUUCACCUAGCAUUUCAAGCCCUGGAUAAGUUUAAGAAAGACUAUGGACGCUACCCUGCUCCUGGUUGUGAGCAAGAUGCUCAAUGUUUCCUUAAGUGUGCUGCUGAUAUUAAUGAAGCCUUAACUGAUCGCAAACUGUAUACAAUUGAUGAGAAGUUAUUCAGACAUUUUGCAAGUGGUUCUCGAGCUGUUUUGAACCCUAUGGCUGCGAUGUUUGGUGGUAUUGUUGGUCAAGAAGUUGUGAAGGCAUGUUCAGGAAAAUUCCAUCCUCUCUACCAGUUCUUCUACUUUGAUUCUGUUGAAUCCCUGCCAAUGAAUCCACUGAACUCUGAAGACUUCAAGCCUUCAAAUAGCCGCUAUGAUGCUCAGAUCUCUGUAUUUGGUUCCACGCUACAGAAGAAACUGGAAGAGGCAAAUACUUUUAUUGUGGGGUCUGGCGCCCUCGGAUGUGAAUUUUUGAAGAACCUUGCUUUAAUGGGAGUGUCUUGCAGCCCUAAAGGAAAGCUAACCAUUACAGAUGAUGAUGUCAUUGAGAAAAGCAAUUUAAGCCGCCAAUUUCUGUUCCGUGACUGGAAUAUAGGGCAGGCAAAGUCUACCGUGGCUGCUGCAGCUGCCAGUGCUAUUAACCCCAACCUCUGUAUUGAUGCUCUCCAGAACCGUGCUUGUCCAGAUACAGAGAAUGUGUUCCAUGACACAUUCUGGGAGGGUUUAGAUGUUGUCAUCAAUGCGCUUGAUAAUGUUAAUGCCAGGAUGUACAUGGACAUGAGGUGCCUGUACUUCCAGAAGGCACUGUUGGAGUCAGGGACAUUGGGUGCAAAGUGCAAUACGCAAAUGGUGAUUCCUCACCUUACUGAAAAUUACGGGGCUUCAAGAGAUCCUCCUGAGAAGCAGGCACCAAUGUGCACAGUCCAUUCUUUUCCGCACAAUAUUGAUCAUUGCUUGACUUGGGCCCGCUCAGAAUUUGAGGGUUUGCUUGAGAAGACACCAGGUGAAGUAAAUUCAUUUCUCUCUAAUCCGGCUCAAUAUGCUGCUGCCAUGAAGAAGGCAGGUGAUGCUCAAGCAAGAGAAUUGCUCGAACGUGUUUCUGAAUGUCUCAGCAAAGAUCGUUGCAGUUCAUUUGAGGAUUGCAUAAAAUGGGCCCGACUGAAAUUUGAGGAUUAUUUCUCAAACCGUGUGAAGCAGCUCACAUUUACCUUUCCUGAAGAUGCUGCCACUAGUACGGGUGCUCCUUUCUGGUCUGCCCCCAAGCGCUUCCCUCAUCCACUGCAAUUUUCAGCCGUUGAUCCAUCCCACAUUCAUGUUAUCAUGUCUGCUUCAAUACUGAGAGCUGUGUCAUUCGGAAUUGCUAUACCGGACUGGGCAAAGAACACAAUUAAGCUGGCUGAUGCAGUUAGUAAAGUUGUUGUUCCUGAAUUUGAGCCAAAGAAAGGGGUCAGUAUUGUGACAGAUGAGAAAGCGACCAGCCUGUCUAGUGCCUCAGUUGAUGAUGCCGCUGUUAUCGAUGACCUUAUUGCUAAGUUGGAAGAAUGUGCCAAGACGCUACCUCCAGGAUUCCAAAUGAAACCUAUCCAAUUUGAGAAGGAUGAUGACACAAACUUUCACAUGGAUAUGAUCUCUGGAUUUGCAAAUAUGCGCGCAAGGAACUACAGCAUUCCAGAGGUUGACAAGUUGAAGGCUAAGUUCAUUGCUGGAAGAAUCAUCCCGGCUAUUGCAACUUCGACAGCGAUGGCGACAGGAUUGGUCUGCCUUGAGCUAUACAAGGUUAUUGCAGGCGGGCACCCCAUUGAAGACUAUCGCAACACAUUUGCGAACCUGGCGCUGCCACUCUUCUCAAUGGCUGAACCUAUUGCGCCCAAGGUGAUGAAGCAUCAAGACAUGAGCUGGACUGUAUGGGACAGAUGGUCCAUCAAGGGCAACCUGACUAUUGCGGAGCUCCUGCGAUGGGUCAGCGACAAGGGCCUUACCGCUUAUAGCAUUUCCUGUGGCACUUGUCUGCUGUACAACAACAUGUUCGCGAGGCACAAGGAGAGAUUGAACAAGAAGGUUGUGGACGUAGCCAGAGAAGUCGCUAAGAUGGAAGUUCCUGAAUACAGGAGGCAUUUGGAUGUGGUGGCGGCCUGUGAGGAUGAUGACGGAAACGACGUCGAUAUUCCUCUCCUUUCAGUUUACUUUCGAGAUUAAGGAUUAGAUUCUCAUAGACUUGUUAAGAUCGGUUCGCUCA